AGGGCGAAGUGUCGAUAAAAAUGACAAAUGGCGGAUAAUACACACAAGACUGUUUAUGUCAAAAAAGAAAAUUGUGUUUUUAUUCAGUUAUAAAUUAAUGUGUCAUUGUUAAUAAUUAAAAGGAUUUAAAUUCUUUCAAAAGAAGAAGAAUUUUGUGGUUUUUGAAUUUGGAAAUUUUGGAUUUUUAAUCUUAAGUGUGAAUUUUUUGUGGAAGUAUAAAUUAUUUCAAGAAUUAUUUUUCUCAUAUAUUGUACUUAUUGACACAAGGUGAGGCUCCAGGAUGUCUACGUCGAUGUUGUCUAGUGCUAAAUUACAAGAUGACAUGAACAGCAUUCCACUUGCUGACGAUGAUCCACAAGUUAUUAUUCCAGAAGAGGAAAUUGAAAAUUCAAAUAGAUCAAAUAUUUUAAAUCACGGUCGUAGUAUGGAUUCUAUUCCAUCGACAUUUACUAAUGGAAGCUGUAGUCCAAGCAGCUUAGAUCCUGAUAUUAGUCCAGAUGAACAGGAAGAGAAAACAAGACUUAUAUCACAAGUUUUGGAGCUUCAAAAUACAUUAGACGAUUUAUCGCAAAGGGUAGAUAGUGUAAAAGAAGAGAAUUUAAAAUUGAGAAGUGAAAAUCAAGUUCUUGGACAGUAUAUAGAAAAUCUGAUGUCAGCAUCUAGCGUUUUUCAAUCAACAAGUCCUAAGACUAAAAAAAAGUAAGAUUCAUAUUUAAAAACAAAAAUAAUAAUCUUUUAAAUUAAUAACGGGACGAGAGCCGAAAUUAUUACCAUGAGUGCAUUCUAUUCCAUUUCAAAGUAUGUACAAGCUGGCAUCUCCAAAAAAAAAAUGGGACUUUAUCUUUACGCAAUUUCCUAAUGCCAAAGAUGCUUUUCAUAAAUAUAUAUAUAUUUAUUUUCUAGAAAUUAGUAUAAUUCAAGCGCAAUUGUUAUUACUUAUAAGAAUUAUUUAUUUCAUUUUUAAUUUAUUUCUAGCGCUUUUGACAAAUUUUUAUUUUAAAAUUAAAUAAUUAAAUAUUUUAUAGAUUUUAGUUUUUUUUUAAUUAAUGGAAUAUAAUUAAACAUUUUAUUCUAUUUUUAUCUAUUAAUUGAAUCAUGAAACAAAAAUAAUUUUUUUAAUUUUUAAAGAAGUUUUAAUGUUAAUUUUUAAUUUUACAAAUCUAGACUUAAAAUUAUGUGUGUUCAAUUUAUAUUAGUCCUCAAAACAAUUUGUUCUGAAUUGAGAAAAAAAUUAUCAUUGGCAGAAUUCUAAUAAAACUUACUGAAUUAAAGAGAAAUAUUUUAAAAUUGAAAUUUUUAUUAUAUUACAAUAUUUAAGAAAAAAUUGUUUACAAUAAUUUGAAUUUUUUAAUAUUACUAUAUAUAUGAAAUUUAUUCACUUUAGAAAAUAAAAAAUUGUUAACACAUGAGGAUUUCCCUUGAGAAUAUUUCAAUUUGUUUUGUGAAAAUGAUUAGCUUUGAGUGUGCAUUUAAAUGCUUUUAAAUAAUAUAUUACGCAACAAGAAAUUAUUUAGUUUAAAAUUGACAAAUAGGAGCCAAUUUGUUUUUUAUGUUUCAAAAAUAUAAUUAUAUAAAUAAAUAUAUAAAAUAGAAAAAAAUCUUUUAACAGCUUUGCAUUGUUCAAAAAAAAAAACACGGAUAAAAUAUUAAUAUUGUGAAUGUACAGAAAAAAAUAGAAAUAUUUACAUAAACAUGAAUUUUAAAUAAGAUUAUUAAAAAAAAAAUUUCAUUCCACUAUGUAGAUUAUGUAAUUAUCGACGAAAGAAUAUUUAAUUAUAAGCUUAUAAAAAAGAAAAAAAAAAUCUAUGCUCCUGAGCACAAGCAAACUAUGCACAAUCUUUAAAUUGUUUCAUUUGGUAAUUGACACAGGGUCAUAAUAAAUCAUUUAUAAAAGGCAAA